AUGGCUUCUCUAGCUUCACCAUUUCCGCACGACUUCAGCCCUCCGCUGUUUGAUCUCCCAGUUGUGUUCGUCAGCUCAUGCAUUUUCCAAUCGGUUAUUUGGGUUGUGUUUGGGUCUAGAGAAAUUUCCGAGAAUCCUAACAUUGAACCGCUUUCUUGGGACAUACGACUCAAAAUAGCUAUUGGAGCAGCUCGCGGCCUGGCUUUCCUACACACUUCAGAAAAGAAAGUCAUAUACGGAGAUUUUAAGGCCUCAAAUAUACUGCUUGAUGGGAACUACAAUGCAAAAAUCUCAGAUUUUGGCUUGGCAAAACUGGGGCCUUCUGGUGGUGACUCCCAUGUGACAACUAGGAUUAUGGGCACAUAUGGUUAUGCUGCUCCAGAAUAUAUAGCAACAGGUUAUUUGUACGUGAAGAGUGAUGUGUAUGGCUUCAGUGUGGUGCUGCUUGAAAUUCUAACAGGUUUACGGGCACUUGAUACGAAAAGGCCUGGCGGGCAGCAAAAUCUGGUUAAAUGGCUUAAGCCAUCUCUUUCUAAUGAAAGAAAGUUGAAAACCAUUAUGGACACAGGGAUGGAGGGCCAAUAUUCAUCAAAGGCAGUGUUACAGGCAGCAGAACCCACUCUAAAAUGCGUAGCAUCGGAUCCAAAAGGCCGCCCUUCCAUGAAAGAAGUGGCGGCAGCUUUGGAAUGUAUUGAAGCAAUCAAGGGAAAGCCAAAGAAGUACAAAAUCAACUCUAAUGCUGCAGCUCAAGGCCAACACCACAGUCAUCGUCAUUCUCCCUUUCAUGAGAUGUAUAUAUAAUUAUUGAGACUAGGGAGUGUAUUAGCAACAUGCUUGGAAAGAUUAACAUGAAAGAACCGUAAAAACUAGGUGUCGGCUAUGCAUGUAUUUUCUUAGAGUUGUUGACUUGUAUCCCCAUACACAAUGUCACAAUGAAUAUCAGACUCGAACAAGUUGUGUGGAA